AUGCGAAUAUCACCUGAGCCUUAUCGGUAUCUGCUUGAUUCACAUUGGUCAUGGAUCCAACCUCUCUUCAACUUCGUCUACAGACCGGCCUUUACACGCGAUAUGAUGACUGGUGGUCAGUACUACUCCGCCGCAUUGCUCAACGCCAUGCUUUCCCACUCAGUACGCUGGUGCAAGGCAGAGCCUGGAAUGCAGGAGUUACUUGCUCCAUUCGACGAGGGAAAGGCUUUCUUCCAGACGGCUGUCACAAACUUAUUUGACGAUAUUAGGAACGGGCAGAGCAAGGUACCUACAGUCCAGAGUCUACUUCUACUCAGUGCUCAAGAGUGUGGACGUGGGAACAGAACACAAGCUUGGCUGUACAGUGGCAUGGCCUUCCGCCUGAUUGACGACAUGGGCAUGUGCAUUGAUGGCCAACGUUACGCUGACUCGACUCAAUUCUCUGCGGAAGAUGUUGAGAUAAGAAACCGCCUCUUCUGGGGCUGUUAUCUGUGGGACAAGUUGGUGUCGCUCUACUUUGGACGAUCACCUAUGUUGCAGAAUUCACACGUCAGUCCACCACGUGUUAUUAUGGACGACACUGCAGAGAUCGAGAUAUGGAUGCCGCAUGGCCUCACAACCGCCAACUAUCCACCCAGACAAGCACAUUCCAUCUCAUGCUUCGUACAUAUGUGCGGUCUUGCCGAGAUACUGAACCAAGUUCUCAUUCACUUCUACAGCCCGACCUGCGACUUGUCAUCCUCUAGCGCUUUGGCAUGCGCCCUCGAGCAAAGCUCCAAGAUGAGAGCUUGGUGGAAAGAUCUACCAGAGCAUCUGAAGAUCAACGUUGGAGCUCUACCGCAGCUGGCGCCCCCUUCGCAUAUUGUAACACUAAAUUGCCUCUAUCACACCAUCAAUAUCCUUCUGCACCGGGCCCUGCUCAGACUCAGCAGUUCAAAUCAUCCAUCAGCUGCUACAAGCAUUGACCAAAAUCCGCUCAUACAAUGCAUAUCAUCCUCCACCUCGAUCAUAGCACUCUUCGACCUCUUUGUCCGCACUUUUGGUGACGGCCAUAUAGUCCUAAGUUUGGCCUACAGCUUGUACACUGCAACAUCCAUUCUGUUACUUGAGCUGCAGGCCAGUCCGACCAAUCCGCAAAGAUAUACGAUGGAAAGACUUUCUUACUGCCUUUCUGCUCUUGAAAGAGUAAAGAAGACCAACCCGGUCAUUGCAACAGCCUCAAAACUCAUUCGCAAAGAAUUAAUGGUCCUCGGUCUAGAUAUCCACGCUCAUACCGCAUCACCUAGCGACCCAACAGGAGACGUAUCAACACGACCCUUUCAUCCACCAAAAUUCGUACCGCUGUCUACUGCACACCCUCCGCAUAACAUGCCUCUGGUGGCCAACGAUCUCCACAGUGAGCAGCAGACUGUGGUUGAUGGAGGAGAAGAGCAGAACAUGGUCUUUAUGGAUGCUUCUUAUCUCGACAAUGGCGAUGUGUCUGGAGGUUUAGAGUAUGAUCUUUUGGAUAUGAGCCCGAGUACUUUUGAGGCGUUCACGCAGGUUGAGCCUUUGAGCACGACUAUGAAUCCCGGGUUUGAUUUCUUCUAG